ACCACUAUGUUUGAGUCUCAGAAAAUUUGUAUAUCAGAAGUAAGAAGUAAUCUUUUGUUGUUUUAUUGUAGACUUUGUCCACCACUGAUUUGCAAAAAUCCCUUAUCCUAUUUUUCAUUAAACAUGUUCACAAACUAACCACUUCUAACUGCAAACACAUAACAAAACUAAAACAAGUCCAACAAAUUGGAAACAAGUAACCAUGUCUUCCUUAACAACCAGACAACAUUUUCCCACAACACAUAAUUCCCAAGUGCAAAUUUUUCCUUUCAAGUCUAUUCCUCUUUCAACCUUGUUCAUCACCAACAAGAACAAUAGUAGUAGUACUACAAGAUUCUUUAACCUCUGUGAGUUUUCAAGUUACAAGAAUUUGUCUGUUGUGGUGAAAGCAGCUAGUGGGGAUGGAAGCAUUUCACCUAAAGAUCAAGAUUAUGAAGAUGGGGUUUCUUUGGGAACUAUGAAGUUGCCACUAGAUGUUGAUCUUGCAAGAUUUGAAACUCUACUUUUUCAGUGGGCUAACAGCCUUUGUCAAGGAGCGAUGCUGCCACUUCCGGUGCCUCUAAAGGUUGAUAAAAUUCCUCGCGGAGCCAGACUUUGCUUUAUGACAGUUGACGAUGCUCAAACUGAAGUGAUUGCAUAUAUAGAUUGUAUGGUUUUCCCUGCUACCGAGACCUCACCUCCAAUAUUUCGAGCCAUAAGAAAUGGACCCUUGAGAGAUAAGGCGCCUCCCGGGGAGCCAAGAAUCAUGAGAAGCCUUUUAGGUGCCCUUCAGAAGUCUGUUGAGAUAGCUAGAGUUUGAAAGUUAGGGACACUUUUUUUUCUGUUCUAAUAUAUGGUUCUUGCUUUCAACACCCUUUUAUGUAUAAAAACAUUUUUAUACGGGGGAAGCGCUUCCUACUAGAAUUUUUUUU